AACUGACCGGAGCAGGCUGAAGCUUCGGGUCCGUCUGCAGGACCGAACAGGGUCCUCUGAAGAACAGCAGAUCAAUCAGGAGGAGGCUGCAGAUCAAUCUAAUGAGCCACCACUGUCGCCUGAAGCCAAAGGCAGGGACUGAGUAAGGAAGCCUGUGAGGGCCAGGGACUGAGUAAGGAAGCCUGUGAGGGCCAGGGACUGAGCGACAUGCUGCAGCUGUGUAAGGUCACCAGCUCUCUGUUCAUCAGCAACGCCCGCUCAGCCUGCAGCGACGAGCUCAUCCAGCAGGAGGCGGUGACGCUCUGCAUCAACGUGUCCAAACAGCAGCCGUUUCCCUCCGCGAGCGUCACCAAGCUGCAGAUCCCCGUCUAUGAUGACCCCAACGAGGACCUCUACAGCCACUUUGACCGCUGCGCCGACGCCAUCCAGAAGGAGGCCAACCGCGGCGGACGCAGCGUCGUCUACUGCAAGAACGGACGCAGCCGAUCCGCCACCAUCUGCAUCGCCUACCUGAUGAAACACCGCAAGCUGACGCUGACCGAGGCUGUUCAGAGAGUGAAGACGGCCCGUCAUGUGAUCGAUCCCAACCCCGGCUUCAUGGCUCAGCUGCAGAGAUACGAAGAGGAGCUGAAGAGGAGGCGAGGAAAGUCCUGAUCCACGAGCGGAGACCGACCGAGUCCUGAGAGCAUCGAUGUGAAAACAGAACCAACAAGUGGGAUCUCGUCCUCUCAGGUCCGACUCUGCUGGAAAAACUAACCUCUGCACACAAUAACUCACUUUUAUUCAUUUAUUUAAAGUAUUUUAUUCUUACAAUGGCAACAAAACAUGACAUAAAACUCCAUAAAGUUGUAGUUUUAAAGCAGAAUUUUGUAGAAACCUCUCAACUAAUAAGACAUAACAAUAGAGGAGAAAGUAGGUCAAUAUUAGAGCACAGGACACAGAAAAUAUCCAUUAUAUUAUAUUAUAUGUCCAAAAGACAAACUAUAUUUAAUGUUAACUUAUUUUUGUAGCACUUAACAUAAUUAUAAGGAGCAUAAAUAAAUAAACAGAUUAUAAAAGCUCAAAAUAAAAAG